ACCGCCCCUCCAUCGACUUAGCGCCCCUUCCCAUCUGGCUGCCUCUUCCCGCCUCUCCCUUCGUCCUUGUUGGCCCCGUGGCUCCCGCUCUCCCCACCUCCCCUCCGGAUAACAUGUCGUUUGAGUUCCUGCUCUCUGAGGAGGACCGCGAGAUUGCGCUGGCCCUAGAGCGGGAACGCUUUUCCUCCGGAUCGGGCUCCCCACACCCCCUCUCGCUGGCGAUUGAUAAGCAUCUGGACCGGCUGUCGCUCGAGGACUUCCGCUUCUUCGGCGACCAUGCAAGCUCCCAUGGCGCCUCCGACCCCGGGGCCGAUGGGUUUCUCUUCUCCGAGUACACCCUGAAGACAAUGGUGUGGCCCGGGUGCGCGGCCGGACGCGACCCUGUUGAGCCCAUGCCCAUUCAGGUGGUUUCCCAGAACGCCAACGGGCCCUGCCCGAUGAUUUCGGCUGCAAAUGCCCUCAUUCUGCAGGGACGCCUGUCGAUCCCUCCCGGAUUCAACUCCAUUCCCGCUACGGACCUGGCUAAGCUGGUGUUUGACAUCGCCCGGCGCUUCCUCUCGAAGAAGCACUCGAUUCCCCUGGAUAACAACACCCUGCGCUCUUGCCGCGACUCGCUCUUCUCUGGAGCCCACAUCCAGAGCGACUACGUGCCGGACCACUUCCUGCAGUACCUGCUGGAGUUGCAAGCGGCACACGAGGCCAUUCGCAAAUCCAUCCGUGGCCUGGACAUCGACUUGGUAUUCGACCACGUCAAGGAGUUCAAGGAGUCCGACGCGCGGUUUUUCUUUGAAAUCCUGGAACUCCCGCUGUUCCACGCGUGGAUUCCCCAAUCGCUGCCGAAGAACCUGUCCUCCGGCGAGCUGUCCCAGGAAAAGAUCGACCACCUGUCGCAAAUUGAGGCCCUCCGGGGCCGGAGCUACAAUGACAUCCAAAACAUCAUCGUGUCCGCAUCAAGCAGCGAGGACCUGGCACUGAAGUAUCAGGCCAAGGUGCUGCAGAACUUCCUUGUGGCCAGCUCCUCGCAGAUGACGACCCAGGGCCUGCGGCAGGUUAUCAGCUGUCUGCUGGACUUCUGCAGCUGGCCGCCGUGGGUGCGCGCGGCGCACGCCUUCCAAUUCUCGACCACCACGCGUCAAGUCCAGCCCACCCGCCUGCCGGAAUCCCCCCAUGCCACGCUUCACCUGCCAGUGGGGGUACUUUUCUGGAACAACCACUUCCUGACGGUGGUCCGAUUCAACAAGACCCUUUAUUCCCUGCUCUCGGACGAGGGCUACGCCAAUGAGGUGACCGUCUGGCAGAGCGUAUCCGCCGAUGGCGCAGGGAGCUUGCGUGGGUGGGACUUUUCCGAGCUGUCAGACCUGUAGUUGCCGCCGCUGCUGCCGCCAUCACUCAUGCGCACGUCGUGGCCGCGGCCCACAUCCGAAUAAAGAUAUCCCCCCCCCCCA